AUGAGAUUUCAAAGUCCAAUUUUUAUAGAGAAAUUAACGAAAGUCGUUUUCGUCGUUUCUUCUGGAGUAUAUUUCAUGACACCACCAUUAUAUAAUCUGCAUGAAAAAUAUCCAAAAGUUAUCAUCCUUAAGAUCGUAGAGAUGGCCCUACAAUCGGUAACAAUUUUACUUUUGAUUAUAUUUUUCUUUUCAUGCUGGAAGAACGGUCAUUUUAGAAAUGAAAAUAAAGAAAAGCCAAAAAGAUGUUCAAAGAUGAUAUGUUCCAGUUGUGCUGCUAGAAGAAGGAAUCCUAAAUGGUUCCAGCUAAAGUAUUUGCUGCUCACACUAUUACUAUUCGCUUUCGGUCUUUAUCCGCUUAUUAAAAUCCAAGGAUUUUUCGAAAUUGACCAAAGCAUUAAUUUAUAUCGACUAUCUCAGCUAUUCGGAUGGCAAGUGAGCUGGAUAUCUAGUGCAGUCUUACUCUCCUUUUUUUGCAACGAGUUGAGCUUACAUAGUGGGCCCGUUGAAGAGGAUGGAUAUGUCAAUGAGAAGGAAGCGAUUUUUAAAAGCACAACGGGGCAACAGGUUUAG